AUGGACGACUAUGACAUAUAUGGUGAUUUCAAAUCGACAACUGAUAAUCAUGAUGAUGAUGAUGAUGAAAACAAUAAUGAUGAUGAUGAUGUAAAGGAUAAGAUUGAAAAGAAUGAUCACGAUGAUAAUAAUGUUGGUGGUGAUUCAAACAAUAACAAUGAAGAUCAUCAUCAUAAUCUUGAUGAUGAUAAUGAUUAUAAAAUGAAGAGUGAAAACAAUAGCAAUGGAGAUGAUGAAGAUGAUCAACAGCAUCAUGAUGACACUGGCAAUAACAAUGAUGAUCAUCAAGACGAUGCUGAUCAAAACGACGAUGACGAUCGAUAUGAAAGACGUACUAGAACAAAUAACAAUGACGACGAUAACAAAUCAAACACCGACACUCCAACUCAUUCCAUUCAAUCAAUAGAUGAUGAUACAAACAAUGAUAGUCAUAAUGAAGAUGAGAAAGAUUUAUCAUUUAUGGAAGAUAGUGCUCAUCCAACUGAAGGAGGAGAUCAAACUGAUAUUCCGCCAGCUCUAUUCGUUGCUAAUUUAGAAUGGUGGACAACAGAACAGAAUUUAGAACAAUUAUUCUCAGAGUUUGGAAAGCUAAAGAACUUGAAGAUUUUCGAAAACGAAACAAAUGGAAAAUCAAAGGGUUAUGCAUUUGUUGAAUUACAAUCACAUGAUAUUGCACGACAAGCAAAAGAGAAACUUAAUAACAAGGAAUUAAAUGGAAAGACAAUCAUUAUAAAAUCGAUGAAUCAACAUACUUAUCAACAGGUUCUGCUUGCUUUUAAGACUGGAUCGUUUAAACCGUUGACUGGCGGAGGUUCCGGUGGUAGCGACGGUAGCAAUGGAGCCGAUAAACACUACGCGCAUCAUCCACAUCACAUGGCAAUGGGAAUGCGUGGUGGCAGAGGUGGAAAACGUGGUGGUGGAAUGCCGAUGGAUCCAAAGAUGAUGAUGAGAGGUCCGCCCAAUGCCGGUGGUCGUGGUGCACUGCUACAACCGCCUCCCGAGUAUAUGUAUGGACCGAAUGGUGUGCCUAUGGUGGGCAGAGGUGGCGGUGGUCCCGGUGGAAACAGUGUGGGACGUGGCGGACAUCCCAGUUCCUAUCACAAGGCGUUUAGGGGCGGUGGUCCACCUCCACCCAAUAUUGGCAGGGGAAUGCGGUUCCCACCUCCACCGCAUAUGGGGGUUCCUCCUGGAUAUCCACCUCCUCCCAACGCUUUCUACUAUCAGGAUAUGAGGAUGAUGAAUCCCAAUGCUCCGUAUCCUCCCUCUGGGGUUGACGAUGAAAGGGACAGAGAUAGAGAGAGGGAAAGGGAGAGGGACAGGGAAAGAGAUAGGGAGAGGGAUAGAGAUUUGGGUGAGAAACGAAAGAGAGAAGAUGAAUUGGAUGAAAGAGAAAAGGACAGAAUCAAAGAGAGAGAUAGAGAGAGAAAGGAGCAUGAUAGAGAUAGAGAUAGGGAGAGAGAUUCAAGAUCACGUGACUCCACUAGAGAUAGGGAUCGCGAUAGAUAUAGUAGUAGAGACGACGAUAGAGAUAGGGAUAGAGACAGGGACAGAGACAGAGAUAGAGAUAGAGACAGAGAUAGAUAUAGCAGUAGAGAUGACGAUAGAGAUAGAGAACGUGAACGUGAGAGAGAACGCGAGCGUGAGAAAGAACGUGAGCGCGAGAAAGAACGUGAACGUGAGAAAGAGAGAGAACGUGAACGUGAGCGUGAAAAAGAAAAGGAAAGAGAACGUGAACGUGAAAAAGAGAGAGAAAGAGAGAGAGAAAGAGAACGCGAAAAGGAAAGAGAACGCGAAAGAGAGCGUGAACGUGAACGUGAGAGAGAAAGAGAGCGUGAACGUGAGAAAGAACGUGAACGCGAGAAGGAAAGAGACAGACUAAAGGAUAGAGAUAGAAAGAGUGGUAGUAGCAGCAGCGGCAACAGUAGCAGCAGCAGUAGUAUCAAUGGAAGUAAUAGUGGUAGCGGUAGUAGCAGCAGUAGCAGUCGCGACAAAUCACGAGGUAGCUCAAGAGGACAAUCAUCUCAAGAUUUCGAAAAACAAAGAGAAAGAGACAGAGAAAGAGAAAGAGAAUUGGAAAAGAAAAAAGAAAGAGAGAAACGAUUUGCAAUGAAACCAACUAGUUCCUCAAAAUAA